ACGCUCGUAUAGAGGCCAGGCGCGAGGAAAACUCUGCUUAUCGAUUACGCACGUAACACAUUUUUCCAGCGGCCGAAAAACCAAAGAAUUUCCUCACAAAUUUCAUAUUUCUGCUGCCGAAUGAUAAUGGAGAUGAUAAUGAGGCUGUAACUGGGCCACAAGCGUAGACCGAAGGGAAGUGUCAGUCAAGAGCGGAAAUCAAGAAGAUAGAGUGGAACGGGGGGAUUCCCAGGAGGAGAAGGACACCAACCAGCAGACACCAUCCGAGUUCAAGGAACUAACAAACAAUGAAUCCCUACACCGCGGGCGGGGGAGGAGCUGGUGGCGCCAAUCCCUUUGGAGCACCAGCAACGGGUGCAGGCUAUGGCCAGCAGGGCUACGGAUACGAGCAGCAGGCAACAGGUGGCUAUGACCAGGGAAUGAACUAUGGCGAUCAGCAGCAACAGCAGGCAGCUGGAUACGGUCCACCGGGAGCCAGACCACGCGUGGAUGUGGAGGCCAGUGGCGAGGUGGAUCCCAAUCUAUACCCGGAGGCUAAGGACUCAACGCACAAAGUACGCGGGCACUCGGACAUCCUGGAGAUGUUCUUUGGGGCGAGCACGGAACGCGAGCUGAUUCCCGUAAAGAGCUUUUACUUCUUCUUCUACGCCGCCUUUGGAUCACUGUUUCCGCUGAUGGGCGUGUACUUCAAGCAGAUGGGCAUGAAUCCGGGACAGUGCGGCAUCCUGGUGGGCAUGCGUCCCUUUGUUGAGUUCCUCUCUGCCCCAUUUUGGGGCUCCUAUGCGGAUCGCUGUCGGCAGGGCAAGCGGCUGCUCCUGGGCUCGCUGGCCUGUUGGGUCCUCUUCACCAUCCCACUGAGCUUCAUCCGGCCGGAGGCCAUCAAUUGUAUCGAACGGCGGAAUGCCACAGACUUUGUGCUGACCUACACGCGCACCAAGCGGGAUCUCUCCUCCAUGUACGAGCCAGAACCGGAGCGGAUGGAUCAGCUGAUGGGCACAAUGCCAGCGGAAGAGGCUCUGGAGGAGGCGGAAGCUGCUCAUAGCCGGCACAAGAGAUCGCUCCUGCUGCCCAGGAUUGAUGCAGGCAUCUCGCCGGUUCACAUCAACUUUGUGAGCAACUAUGACGACAAGUACCACAGGGACUAUGUGACGCCCAUCUUCAGCUCCAUGGUCUACAGGACACCGGACAUUCAAAAGGCGUUCUUCCUGCUCCUGCUGGUAAUCCUGAUCGGUGAAUUCUUCAGCGCUCCUGCUAUCACUCUGGCCGACUCCGCUGUGAUAACGCUGCUGGGCGAGGAUGCGGACAAGUACGGACAUCAGCGGAUGUUUGGCUCCCUGGGAUGGGGCAUCUCCAUGUUCCUGGUGGGCAUCGCCCUGGAUCACUCCACCUCGUUCUCGAACCAUCCGUGCGGGGCGCAGAACAAGGAGAAGAACUACAACAUUUGCUUCUCCAUCUUCUCCGUGCUGAUGACCUGUGCGAUUAUAUCCGCCUCGAAGAUCACCUUCAAGUACGAUCCCAUCGACGAGCAACAGGCGGCCCAGCAGGCGGCGUCACAGUUUGUGGAUCCUGGAAAGAGGGCCGAGGAGGAGUCAAUGAACCAACUGGCCGCCCAGCUAAACCUGCCAUCGCUGGCAGUGGGUAGCGGCAGUGCCGCCUCCGGUGCCUGUGCCGGUGGCGUGAGUAGCUUCCUGGCCGCCGGUCAUCAGCCGCAGCCGCAUAUCGGCGCCGAGUCCAAGGUGUUUGCGCAGACGGCGAAAGAGUUACCCGAAUGGAUGACCGUACUGACCCAUUUCAAGGACCUGAAGACCGCUUCCUUUCUGUUUGUGGCCUGGUUCAUGGGCUUCGGCAUCGGGCUGAUCUUCACCUUUCUGUUCUGGCAUCUCCAGGACUAUGGCGGCACUCCCACGCUCUUUGGCGUUGCGUCCGUGAUCAACCAUGUGUCCGAGAUCUUUGCAUACUUUUUCAGCUUCCGUCUGAUCACCCAGAUUGGUCAUGUCAAGGUCCUGUGUCUGGGCCUAAUUGGCAAUGUCCUGCGCUUCCUUUAUAUCUCCUAUCUAACCAAUCCGUGGAUGGUCCUGCCCUUCGAACUGAUGCAGGGCAUCACCCAUGCCGCCGUGUGGGCAGCCUCCUGCUCGUAUAUUGCUCACAACACACCGAAGCAUCUGAGGGCCUCGGCCCAGGGUGUACUCCAGGGUAUCCAUCACGGAUUGGGACGCGGCUGCGGUGCCAUCAUUGGCGGCAUGUUUGUCACUUACUACGGUACUACUGCUACCUUCCGCUGGUACGGCAUUGCCUGCCUCUUCGUCCUCGGCUUCUUCAUCUUUGUCAACUUUUAUCGCAAGGAGCAGGGCUUCAUUUCGGAGAUUCCGGUCACCGAGGAUCCGCAUCAGGUGGCCGAGGAGACCUCGCACUUGGCUCCCCAUGGUGUUCCCAGCAAUCCCAUUCCCCGGGCUCUGUCCAACUCGCGCCUGAAUGAGAUGAACCCGAAUGGAGGACCCUAUGGCACAUACCAGACCACUGGCGGCAACCUGGAUAUUCCCGGAGCUAACCAGCACAAUCCGUUUGCCCAGUAAGCUGUCGCGAAUCCUCUCAAGAAAUCGCCAGUCAGGCCAUCAUCUCGUUAAUCAUAAAACUAACAAAGAAAUGAAAGAAAAACUAAAACGAACAAAGUAUAACCGCAAACAUAUCUUGGACAUUGGCCUGCAAUAUGAAUUGCAUAACUGCAUUGCUUUAACAUAAUUUUAUUUUGUUGAUCUACACAUAUAGCAUAUAGCAUAUACAUAUACACAUAUAAUAUAUUUUAUAUAGGACAUGCAACAUGCCACAUGCAACAUAGCCAGCAUAAAGAUUACAUAUGAUUUACAUUGAUUUUUACAUGUAUUAGAGUGAAGUGAAGGAGGAAAUCGAAACGAAUUUUCACAUAGCAGCUUAGCAAUAAACAUAGUGCAAUAUAGAUAUGUACAUGUAUAUAUAAAUAUAUAUAUAUAUUGUGCGGAUCUAUAAUAUUUAUAGGCCUUUUUAUAUAUUUGUUGCAUGGCAUUAUUCUAAGUUCUCAAGCCCACUUUUGGGCGAUCACCAAGCCAGAUAGAUCACACAUACGCCCGGGUGACCCCCGAAAAUCACAAACAUAAAGUACCUAUACUACAAAAAUAUGCAGAGAUUAAAAUCAUUAAACAUAAAAUUUAUAAAAAUAAAACUAUGUAAAUACGGAGCGCCUUUCAAGGCUAUAAGACAUUGGGAAGCAGCGUAAACUGCUUCGUUUAGCCGCUGUUGAUUAUGAAUAUAAUGUUCACCAAACUAAUUUAGAUUAUCCUUUGUCUUAUGGCCUUGAAACGCACCGUAUGUGAUUCCCAGACAUGAGGUUGAGGAAAUUAAUACCAAAUAACUUUAAAUUCCUUUUAUUUCUGGAACAAGUUUAGGGGUAAAAUAAAUAUUCUUGGUUUCAAAUACUUUCCAAGUUCAAGAAUGUUUCCUUUAGAAUGUUUUGGUAGAAAGUUUAUUUAAAUAACCUAUAAGAAACGUUACAAAUUAAUUCCCAAAAAUGUUCUAUGCAAUAUUAUGAUGAAGAAACAAAAUCACGCAAGUUAAAGGAAUAUUAAAGAAAUAUAAAUGUAGUUGCAUUGAAAAACAAAAAAGGGAGACAUUUAACUAAAACUAAAACAGAAAGUGUAGUGACUGGAGGAUAAAACAGAGGAAACAAGUAAAACAAUCCAGAACUAAAACCAAAGGAUAAACAAAUGUUGUAACGAAUGAUAUUAUGGAAAUCCGCCUCAUUGCAAUCAAGUGUUGAAUAUUUUAAUUUUUACACAAAAAUAUACGAGUACUAAACAUACAUAUUUUGACAUACUUAAAAAGAGAAACCUAUAACAUAGAGAAGUAUAUAACGUACGUUUAUACAUACAUAUAGUAUAUGGAAGAAGACGCACCAAACAAAAAUAAUGUGGAAAAGCAAACUACACUAAACUGUAUCUGUACCUAAGAGAUAUUUUUCCUGAUUUCAGCUCGGCGAUAAUGUAAGCUAAUCCAGCCAAUCUCUCGCUCGAUAUACAUAUAAAACAUUAAAUGAAACAUAAAGGUAUAAAUACUAUAUAUUGUUGAUAGCAAAUUUGAUUGGCAUUGGAUAUUUUCUUGUAACGAUACGCUAGUUCUCGUGUACAGCACCGUACUUAAUAUAUACAUAUAUUUGUGGAGAUUUUUCGGAUAGACUAACCUUAGUAUUAUGCAUUCUGUACAACUGCACUCACAGUUAUGUUUGUUGAGCCGGUAUUUAAUGAAACUCUCUCUCUAUAUAAAUAUAUAUAUUUAAAUGGAAUAUAGAUACUCAUAUAGGGUAUACACACUUAUAUAUGAAUGUACAAGUAUUAUACACAAUGCGCAUACAUAUGAUACAAAAGGAUACAAUACCCAAUACCCCAAUACCCCAAUACCCCCAUACCCCGAUAGCCAAUAAAAAAAAGAACAAGAAACCCGAAAUGGCAAGUGAACGCAAGAAAUCAUGUAAUUAUGUAUGUUUAAUAAAACGUUUAACUACCGAGUGAAGUCUAAAGACAAAGGCACAACUUAUUUCGCCAA